CCCUCCCUCCCCUUCCACAUCAAACAAUCAACCACACCUUCUCCAAAAUACACAAAUACCCUCUUCCCAACUCAACAUUUUCCAAAAUGGGUGGCCUCACACUCGGCGAUUCCUCAACACAUCCCACUCAAAAAAUCUUCCUCUUCGCAAACUACAUUCUCUUAGGCGCAGCCUCUAGCUGCAUUUUCCUGACCCUUUCUCUCCGCUUGAUCCCCUCGCUUGUCGGCUUCUUCCUCAUCCUCCUCCACAUCCUCACCAUCGGCGGCGCUGUGGCGGGCUGCGCCGCCGCCUCCUCCGGCGCCGGAAAAUGGUAUGCUGCACACAUGAUGGUCACCGUGCUUUCCGCAAUCUUUCAGGGCUCUGUUUCGGUGCUAAUUUUCACUAGUAGUGAGGACUUUUUGGGUAAACUGAAAUCAUAUGUUAGAGAAGAAGAUGGUGUCAUGAUCUUGAAAUUGGCUGGGGGAUUGUGUGUUUUGAUCUUCUGUUUGGAGUGGAUUGUUUUAACACUUGCCUUCUUUGUGAAAUAUUAUUCGUUGGAUGAGAAUGUGGAGGUGAAGAGAAGUGCUAAGGUUCAACAAGAAUUGGAUUAUCUGCCUUACCCGGUUUAAGGUUGUGUAUUUAAAUCUCUUGAUAUUCAUGUGAUUGUAAUAUUAUUUAUUUGAUUCGAUUGGUUUAUUGAAGAUUUAUGCUCAAUUAUUUUGGCA